AUGCGUCCCAGCGCCCUCCGCCAAGAACAUAACGCAUUGAGGUCAUUGGCCGGGAAAGGUCUGCAUAGUCGACCAACCGGUCUCUCGCUUCCCUCAAGGAGAUGGAACAGCUCAAGCACUCAAACACCAGUACAGGAGCCCGUUAUAUUCUCCGGAAUCCAGCCUACUGGAGUACCACAUCUGGGCAAUUAUCUUGGAGCCCUACACCCAUGGGUAAAGCUCCAACAGGAAGCCAAAGAAGGGACCAAGCUAUUCUUCUCCGUUGUUGAUCUCCAUGCAUUGACCGUGCCGCAAGAGGCUGCUCAGCUGAAGAAAUGGAGAAGAGAAGCAUUCGCAACAUUGCUUGCUGUAGGACUGGAUCCUAAACGCUCUACGAUAUUCUAUCAAUCCAGCGUACGUUCCGUCCGAUAUUUGACAGUCGGUGCGAAUAUUUGA